ACAAAAGGUACAGUGCUGCCACCUAUUUCCGUUUCGAAAUCUUGUAAUUUGCUUCGAUUAUUGUACUUGUUUACUUGCGAACAUGUGUUGUGUUCAUUCGUGAAAUCGUGAGAAAUGGUCAAAACAAGGUGAGGUUGCUGGGUGAAACGACAUAUUGUCGCGCCUUUGCGACAACAAAUGGCCCCUUUCUUGAUAGAAAUUAGUUGACAACACCUUCAAGAUGACCUCUGUCCAUUUUUAAGACUGUACCCUCACAUUAACCAAACUCACGACAUGGGUGUGUAAACGCUACUUUGAGCCAUAAAAUGGCAUUACAUGACGACUGCAAAAGUGUACGGGACAUAUGGCUGUCUUUAGGGUGUCUAAUUACUAGAGCCUUAAUUGUCAGUGUAUGCUUUUUCGGCUGUGUAACUUGUGCCAGCAUUAACAGUCAUCAGCCACGUAAACCAUUUGUUGUAACUUGGGACUCGCCGAGUCAACAAUGUAGAAACAAGGGCGUCGUGAUUAACGUGACAAACCACGCAUUCGCCACCAACUCUAUGGAAACCUUCAACGGCGACGUCGUCACCAUCUUCUAUGGCAUCGGGCGCUUUCCAUACUACGAGAACGGCGUGCCUCGCGACGGCGGCCUCCCGCAGCUGGGCAACCUCACCGCACAUCUGACACAAGUCACCGAUGACGUCGUCAAACUCUUACCCGACCCGCACAACGCCGGUCUCGCCGUCAUCGACUUCGAAUCGUGGCGCCCCCAGUACGACUCGAAUUUCGACUCGCUCGACGUCUACCGCGUGGAGUCCGACGCGCUCGUGGUGUCGCGACACCCCGGCUGGAGCCGAGACGCGGUCCGGCGCGAGGCAAGGCGAGAGUUUGACGCUGCAGCGAGACGCUACUUUGAGCGGACGCUGGCGGUGGCAGUGGCGCUGCGGCGAGAGAGCGUGUGGGGGUACUACGGCUUCCCAGACUGCUACGACCAUGCCCAGCUGCAGUACUGCUCCGAACGCAUGCGAGCGCGCGACGACCAACUCUCGUGGUUGUUCGCGAACAGCCGCGCGCUGUUCCCAUCUAUAUACCUCAACAGCGGGCGGUUGAUCGUGAACAACAAGGCCGGCGACGACGGGCACAGAGGACACUUCGACUACGUUCAUGCGCAGCUUCACGAGGCAUUGCGCGUGUCGAACGCCAGCGGCGCUGCGCCGGCGGUGGCCAUCUUCCCCUACACGUCGUAUGCGUACGAGGGUCGUCCGGACGCACUGCUGACCACCGCCGACCUCGCGAACACGGUCGGGCAGGCGGCUGACCUCGGCCUGCCCGGGGUCGUGGUGUGGGGGAGUAGCGCGAGCGUCGGCUCUGCCCGCAGGUGCCGCGCGCUCGCCGCGUACCUACAGCGCACGCUGGCACCCUUCGUGGAUUACGUAGUGGCGCGAGCGACGGUGUGCGGCCGCGAGCUGUGCAGCCUGCGCGGCCGCUGCGCGCUGCGAGACGCGCUGGUGGCGUCUCCCGCAGUGGCGUACGCGAGUCGGCGACGGAUGCUGGCGAGCUACCGGCGGUACAGGUCAGGGAAGGGUCACGAUGGUGCGAACACGAUGAAGGAGAAUUACUACUGCAAGUGUUAUGAAGGUUGGAAGGGGAAGCAUUGCGACGAGAGGAUUGGGAUGACAUCAGACUAAUCCCAUAACAGCUUCCCUGUGCAUAUGCCAGGACGUGCAUUGUUAGUAGACAGGGCCUACUUUUGUUUGAUACAGAUUACGUGUUGAUGCUGUUGAGAAGCUCAAAAUGAUAGACCCGUUUAAAGUAGUAGAUUAUUAGUCACUGAAAUGAAAUCGAUUUUGUGACAUUAAAUGUAUUUUAUAAUUCUGAUAAGUGUCAAUGAAAAAUAAAGAUUACAUUGCAUUAAUUA